AAUUCACUCCGCCACGCCUGUCCUCAGCACUUAGCUUUCUUGUCGCUUUUACCCAUUAAAAGGGGAGCAGGAGGACAAGAGACGUUGUCAUGGAUGAAUUGCAUCAACAAUGGGAGUGAUAAAGUUUGAGGACAACCUGAUCUUUGCCUCAACAUUGCAAACCGAGCUGUGUUCUGUGGGAUACCAUGUAGGCUUAUGUGUGGUUUUGGAUCUGUACUUUCAUCACUGAGGAAAGAAGUUCAUCAUUCACAGAUGCAGCCUCAUCAAACUUAAUGCAUGACCAUGGAUCAUGAAGAGGUGCGGUCAGAGUUGGACCAGAUUUCGAUGCGGCUUCAGGAGGAUGGCCUGCCUCCAGGGGCCAGUUUGGAGGAGCGGCAGCGCCACCUGUGGCGGCAGCUGCUCGCCAAGGAGGCAACGCUUCAGUCAGCCACCCAGGAGCUGCAGACCUUACGAACCCAGCAGGCCAGUGAGAUGAAGGAGGUGGAGAGCUAUGUUGCACAUAUUCGUGGGCUGCUGGAAGAGCGUGAGUGCCUGACUUCAGAAUAUGAGAGAGACAAUGAACACUUGCGACAAGAGCUCCACCAGAUCAGACAACAACAAGAGAGUCAGAGCAAGGAGCUGGCGGAGAUGCUGGCUCAGGAGGAACUCGGGGAGAUAGGCUUGAGCAGCCCUAGUGAGCAGGUGGCUUACUUGCUGGUGGAGAGGGCCACACUACUGGAGAGGCUGGAGGCUGCUGAGAGGAGACUGGAAAGUCAGAGCCUCACUGGCAACUUUGGGGAAGUCCACCACCAGGAGCAUAUUUGCCACACGGUGGGGGAGGAGCUAAGGCAGCAGAGGGAGGACACGCAGAAAGCCAUAGAUAACAUGACAAAGCAGUGUCCAUCUCAGAGUCCCUGGAAGAAGCUGUUUGGGCUGCGCAGGUCUGGUCAGAGCAAACACAAUAUUACCCCUGCCCACAGCGAGCAGAUUUCUCAAGAGCGAAAUGAGCGCCAGCGGCUGGAGCGGGACCUUGAGGAGGCGUCGAGGAGGCUGGCAAUGGCUCAUCAGGAUAUCCGCAGACUCACCAACGAGCUGGAUGCUGCCAGAAACAACAACCUAGACCCAUGUGGAGCUGAGCUUGAGGGAACCGUCCAAGAAGUAGAGAACCUGAGGAAGGAAGUGGACAAACUGAAACACUGUGAUAUGAUGGAGGUGCAGCGAGCCAAAGAGCAAAACGACAGACUCGAUGUUGAGAACAGAGGUCUGAGGGAGAGAGUCCGCACUUUAGAGUCUGAGAAGAAAAAUCUCCUGGACCAGUUGGCAAUAAACAAUGCAGACCAAGAUGUUGUAACCAAAGAGGAUCUAAAGGACAAGAGCAUUAGCAGUGAACCACAAAACAAUCUGUCUGGCUCGUCGACCCAAGAAAAGGAUCACAUUCACAAACGGUGUCAGGAGGCGAUGGAAGAUGGGCUUGUACAGAUGAGAGAGCUGCAGCGGCAACUCCAGAGGCUACGUAAGGAACAGGAAGAGCUGGAGGAGAGGAAUGAGGAGCUGGAAUCAUUGCUGGGGGAGGCCCAGAAUGCCAGCAAGGGGGAGAGGCAUCGACAUGAGGGAGAACUGGAGGGACUGCACAGGAGGAUUAAAACUUUGGAGGCAGAGCUGAAGAAACAGGAUAUCCAAGAGAAAACAUUGAAGAACGGAGAAGAGGUCAAAGCCACCGAGUCUUACUUACAGCUGCACCUAAGAGACAGCAGCCAGGAGAGAAUGGCUCUGCUCGAGGCUCGACUGACUGAGGAGAAGGAGUGGAGGAAACAGCUGGAGGUCGACCUCAGUGCUGCACAGGCUGCUCUCAAAAAAGACAAGGAGGCUUUACAGAUAGGAGAGCGAGAGCUGAAGAAGCUGAGACUUGAGGUCAACAGCCUUCAGACCGAAUGCCAACAAGGGAAAACACUCAUCAAGAGCCUAACGCAAGUCAAGGGGGAAAAAGCAAUUCUGGAGGAAAAGGUGGCUCAGAUGGGGCGCACCCACAGCCGGCUCCAGAGUGAGCUGGAACGUUACAAAGACAGUAACCGCACCCAGGAGGACCAGAGGGGAAACCGGCUUCAGGUCGACCGGCUGCAGGAGCAGGCUGACCGGCUAAAUGCUGAACUCAGUAGCCUUCAGACAGCACACAAUGCUUUGAGGGAGGAGAUGGUUUCUGAGCGGCAGCAGACUGCCGAGCUCCAGGCCAAGCUGAGCGCCAGUGUCCAGGAGAAGCUGACGGCUGAGGGGGGAAGAGAGAGACUGCAGCUUGAGAUACAGCGCCUCAAAGAGCAGCUCAAGUGGCAUCAAGAGCAGAUCUCAUCUACAAAGGAAGCACUUAGUAGCAGCCAGAAGCCUGAACUGCAAACGGCUCAUGCAGAAUCUAGGCUUAGUCCAGUGGAGAGGACCAAGGAUGGGAGUGUGGACCAGCUUUCAUGUAUAAAGCAGGAGCUGAAUCAUCUGCAGACCCAGCUGGGGGAGGAGCGGCAGGUGGCCUCUCAGCACCAACUGGCACUGCAGGCUCAGGUCAAUGAAGCCCAGGCACGCAUCAAGUCUCAGGACUUGCUGCUGCACCAGAAGGCAGAGGAGGCUAAACAGAUGAAGCAGGACCUGCAGAGGGUCCAGGGCCUGUUUACCUCAGCAGAGAGAGAGCUGCGCUACGAGAAGGAGAAAAGCAUGGACAUGAAGAGACACAACACCCUGCUGGACCAGGAAAAACUCAAGCUUUGUGCAGAGCUGAAGCAGGUCCAGACCAAGCUGGUCCAGUUGGAGCAGAGCGUCCACACUCAUGCGGCCGAGUGUGAACGUCAGCAACAGAGAAUAAGGGAACUGGAACUAGAGCUGGCACGCAACUCCACAAACCGCAGUACCACCACCAGUCUGCAGGAGGACCUGCAGGCAGAGAGGACGCGAGUCAUCGCUGCUGACAAGAAGGUGUUGGAGCUGCAGCAGCAGCUGAAGAGUGCUCAGCACCAGCUGCGUGUGGAGGAAGCGCGGGCUGGCGAGAGCAGCCGCCUGGAGAGGGACAGCAGGGAUCUGUCUGACGCCUUGUCAGCCCUCAGAGCCCAGCAGCAGGAGGAGCACAUCACCAGGAAGCUCUUAGAGCAGCGUGAGGAGGAGCUGCAGCAGCAGGUGCGCUCCCUGAGGCUGAAGGAGGCCACCAUGACCAGGACAAAUGCAGAGCUUAGCCACCGUGCUCAGCAGCUGGAAACACGUCUGGCCAUCCUGGAGACAGAGCUUAGCAAGGCCAGAGAGGAGGCGAGAGGCAGCCAGAAGUCAAGCCAUGGACUGCAGGAGGAAUUGAUGGCCAGUCAGCAGGAGUGUGACAGACUGCAGGGAGAGCUGCAGCAAGUUCUCCUCCAACUGGACACACAUGUCAGGAAGUACAACGAAAAGCACAGUCAGCACAAGACCAAGCUGCGUCAGGCGAAGCAGGUCUUUCUCAGGGAAACCGCACAGAGGGACCGCGUCAUCCAGAAACUGGAGAACGACCUGGUGCUGGCCUCCAGCCUCUCACACAAGGAGAAAGAGAGGAUCAAUACAGUGACAGAGGAAAAUGAGAAGCUUUUGGAAGAGAAGAGGGAACUGUUGCGGAAAAUGAGCGAGGCAGAGGAAAUGGGCAGCAAAGGCAUGAGGACUGCCUCAACUGUCCAACACAGGGUCAAUGUCCUAGAAGUGGAGAACAGACAACUUCAGGAUCGAACCCUGAAGCUCUCCAAUCAAGUCAGUUCCUUAGAGCGUGCCCUGAGGAACGUCCAGUCGAUCUACAGCCUGGAGAAUGCCAAGAAAGUGCUUCCCACUGAAAGUCUCUGUGAUGGCUUCCUUCACACAUCUACGCUAAGUCUGACGUCAGGUUCGUGUGACCCACUGGACAUCCUGGAUGCAAUCUGCCGCGUGAAGGUGGGCGAGCGCAUGGUGGUGGACGGCACUAGAGCCUCAGUCUCCACACACCAACCAUCGGAGCAGGGCUACCUGAAUCUCACCUCCCCAUUGGUUCCUCCAGACACCAAAGGCACAGAGGGGGGCUCUGAUAACAGUGACCAGGUAUGAGAGGUGGUGGGUUUUGGAGAUGCAAGCUACCAGCGAGGACUGGUACUUGGUAGUGCUAUAGCACCUGCCACUUCCACUGGAGACAAUAAAAGAAUACAGGAGUGAAAAAAAGAUGUCGAAUGCAAAUAAUCCUUGUUAAAAGCCAGUAAUAAUGAAAGGGAGCUUCCACUGAAGUUCUGCUCAGGGUGAAAUCUCUUUUGUAUUGUAAAGCAGAUUCUUGUUUGGCUUGCAAGUACUGUUUUUUGAUCCAGGUUCAGAGUGGAAAUAUGGUGGGUUUGUAAAAACUAAAGCCUGUGCAAGUGUCAAUCAGAUAUUUUUUAUGACAUAUUAUAAAGGAAACAGGAUGUAAUGGGAGAUCUGAUUUGGAGGCUGAACAGGUGACACUCAAUGUGUGCACAUGCCUGAGAAGUCCUUCAGUUGUUUGCAUCGGCACACCAAAGCAAAUCAGAGUGAUUGAAAGCCUUUUGUUGGCUCAUAGGAAAGAUUGUUAUCAUUUUUUAAUGUAAUGUUACAAGAUAAGACAAUGUCCUUCACACUAGUGCAGUGAAUGUCUGAGAGACAUUUCAUGAGAGAGAUUUGAGUGAGACUCAUUUAAAUUGAGCACUUUAUGAGAAGUUUUACUAGUGUUUACAUUUUGGGAAAAUGUAGCAGUGGAAUAAAACAGUAUAUUUUCCUCCAGCUGAGUUUAAUCAUGGCAGUGUUUUAAAUGAAAAAAACAUCCAUGGUGUUUUUUAUGGUUUUACUGUGUCAAAAAAUCUUUGAACACGUCAGCAUUCUUACAGUUUUACAAAGUCAUACUUAUAUAACACUGAUAAUAUUGUGGACCCACCUUUAAUAAGAGACUGUGUGGUAAACAUAGUUUAACCAUCAGGGUCCUUUCUGAGAUCUGUCACUACUUCUGCUUGUCAGCUGUAGCCACUUCAGUAUUUACAACGUACAGCUUUGCUUGCAGUUUUAAAAAAAAAUCCAAAAUGCCAGAAAAAGCCUCAGAAUUCCAGGAGCUUUUUUGUCUAUUUCAAGCAUCACAAGCUGGUUUUUUUUUUUCACAUGGGUCAACCUCAGUGGUUUCCUCCAGAGACGCUCAAUCAGAAAGUCCUUGUACUCCAAAAGAGAUGUAUGUGACGUGGGAAUAAAAAACACAAAGGCAAGAGAAGAGAGAACUUCAGCACACUGUCCAUUCACUUGCAAUAAACUUUAUUUAGAAAUGAGUCUGGGUCCUUAGAUGUUCAACGAAUAUAGCAGAGAAACAACAUUUCAGACUUAACCUGAUGAAGGUCUAAGGACUUAAAUAGAGGGUAACAAAUUUAAUAGCGAUAGUUUGGAGUAGGAAAAAGCUGCUAGCAGAUUAAUCAGCUGAUGCCAUCCUCACAUCCUGUGGAAAAGAAUGAACAGAAAUAAAAUGGCGGAAAUGAACAAUCUUUAUUAGAAACUGGAUAACUGUUGAACUGAACAUCUAAGUCAAAGUAAUAAACACCUUAAUAAAUACAUACAUCUGGAUCUAAACAUCAAACUAACUGUAAAAAAUCUAAGUGUUUUUUGAGCUAUUACUUUACACAAAGUCAACCUGAGAUUCUCAGGUAUACAAUAACAUUACAUUGACUUUGUGUUCAGAGCUUCCAAUCAAACAGUGAUCACAGAGGAGCAGUAUUUCUGUUACUUGUAUUUUAAAUAUGUAUUUCAAUUACAUUUGAGUAUUUUGUAAUAAGUAUUUGAUGGGCUGAAAAAAACUAUGUAAUUUAAGAACAAGAUACUGGAGCAGUCUAUAUAGUGGACUCAAAGUAUUCCACAAUGCAUUGUGAAAAGUUGUGUACAGCUGAUGUCACUAACCAAGCACUAUAUCCCAUCAUGCAUUGCACUGAAGGAGCAGACAGACAGUAUACUCUAUAUGGUGGCAUCAUGUAAUGUCACCAUCAUAACAAGACUGUAAAGCUGUGUUCAGUGCAGCUUUGCGUGAUGACGCUCUGUAGUCUCAUUUAACCACUUGUUAGCAACAGCCGUUUUAAGACACAUACAUGUAGAAGCUUCAGAGUUCAUGAGUGGGGUAUUUACUGACAUAUUUUAUGUCGUCAAACAAAAUGUGAAAGUCUCUUGAGCUUGUGUGAAUCACAGACCUUAUUUUAGGAAUCUAACCAAAACCCAUAAAAAUGCAUUGACUUUGAGAUGAGGUAAGAUGCUAACUCAUUUCUGGGUUUUAAGACUCAUGACGCCAAGAUGGACGAGAGGAGAAAGAGAAGCUCUCUUACAUCCUGUUGAACUUUGGAUAACAUGCUGAUGUCUGUUUCACCUGCUUAUUAAUCAUGUGAUAAAUUGUGAAUUUAAUGUGUAGUUUCAUGAAAUGAUUAUCGGCAAUUGAUUUUCUCUAGAGGUGUACAGAAGAGGGCUGACGUGAGCUAGCUAGGUCGCUACUAGCCGUGAUUAUUUCUGUAAUAGUGUAAUGCACACAUUAAAUUCAAAAGUUAUUACAUGACUAACUGGUAAAACAAUCUUCAACAUGUCAAAUGUUCCACGGAAAAUUACUGACAUUUGUAGGAGAGGCUGCAAUCGCACUGCUCUCCCUCCUCUUGUCCGUCUCACAACACAAGGGGUCGAGGUUGGGGAUGUACAUCCUUGUGUGACCAGUGGAGGCUGCACAGCCAUCAGAGCGAAGUUUCACUGAUAAGGAUAGAUUGUAAAACAUCGUAACAGCGCCGAUUACUUGGCCAAACUGAUAAAUCGGUUAUCCUCUAAACCACAGCGUUGUAUUUCUAAAUAAAGUCUAUUGCAUGUAAAAGGACGGUGUGCAGGAUUUCUGUCUUCUCUUGUGUAUGGACAUUUCCCCCAUCGAACAUGUCUACAAGAAAUUCAAGGUGUGCACGAGCCUUCACCGUUAAGAAUGAAAUACACAUUUAAUAUCACAUACCACUAUUAUUAUUUUGUGUCAAAUAAUAUCAAUAAUAGAACUAUAAACUGUGGAAACCUUUGUCUAUCUUGUCUUCAAUGUGCCUGAACUGAUGAAGUGUUGAACUUUAUCUUGCUGCUGCGUGAACACAUCUAAUAACAGACGCCUGUUUGCGACAGACAUGUUAACUGAGAUCGAGGAACUUUGACUUUUGUUGUAUCUCUGUAAAUACGUUUUUAAACAUAAGAAUAUUUUUUAUAAAUAAAAGUGAAUAAAUAACAAAC